AUCUCUUUCUCCCUCCCCUCCCCUGCUUGCGGUAGGAUGGGGUGGGUGGACUUCUCACCAACACCCAUCCCACUGACCGUGGGUCGGACGUUGCAUCGACCCCACUUACCAGCGGCUGCUAGCCUGGGACCCUCUCGCCCGCUCUGGAACCCGUCCGUCGUAGCGGAGCGGCGACGGAGCGAAGCACGCGCGCAGGCAUCUGGGUGAGGGGAAAUGGUGGAAAGCCAACGCACUUUUCGCCUCGCUCCGCUGCUCCGCUUUGCGGUGCUCCCCCACUCCCCCCGUCGGCUUGUCUUUUCCGCGGCCCGCCUGCGCCCCUCCGGCCCCCUGGCUCCUAAACCCCCCGCAUCCCGCGCCCGGUGAUGCCCUCGCGGCAGCCUACGCCGUCGCCGGGCCCGGCCGCCGCCGUCGCGGUCUCGGACCCCCGAUCCCGCGGGCCCCGCCACCGCCGGGCCCCGCCCGCCGGCCCCGUCGCCGCGUGGGCGUCGGCCGCGGCGCUGGUCUUGGUGGCUGCCGUCGCGCUGCUGCUGCUGCUGCUGUGGCGGAGGCGCCGCCGCCGGAAGCUCACCGUGGCGGCCGGCGCGCAGCCCGCCGCCGACCUGCGGAGGUUGUCGUACCAGCAGCUGCGCCGCGCCACGGGCGGCUUCGCGGCGGGGAGCAAGCUGGGGCAGGGCGGCUUCGGCCCGGUCUUCCGCGGCGCGCUGCCUCGGUCGGGGCAGCCCGUCGCCGUCAAGGUCAUGGACGCCGCGGGCUCCCUCCAGGGCGAGCGCGAGUUCCACAACGAGCUCUCCCUGGCCUCCCACCUCCUCGGCUGCGCCGCCACGGCCCACGGCGGAGGAGGAGGGGGAGGGCCCCCCGCACCCGACCCGCCCCCCAUCCUGCUCCCGUUCGCCUACUCCCUCUCCACGCAGCCACGCCGCUGCCGGAUGAUGCUUGUGUACGACCUCAUGCCCAACGGCUCGCUGCAGGACGCGCUGCUCGGGAAGAGGUGCCCCGACCUGGUGUCCGGCUGGCCGCGCCGCCUCUCCGUCGCCCGAGACGUCGCCACCGCGCUCCACUACCUUCAUUCCGUUGUGCAGCCGCCCGUCAUCCACGGGGACGUCAAGCCCAGCAAUGUGUUGCUGGAUGCGGAUCUCCGCGCCCGCCUCUCAGAUUUCGGACUCGCACGGAUCAGGUCUGAAGAGGAGGAUGAGUUGGGGAGCGGUGCCAUUGGGGCCGACGCAGACGGUAACGCCAAUCCCAGCGGUGGAUGUGACGAGGAUAUGUCGGUGGCCGGCGAGAGCACCACUGCUGUCGUGGUUAAUGGGGAAGACAAUGCUGCCAAGUCCCCGGAGGAUGAUGAGGCACUCACCACGGCGUCUCCUGCUGCAGAGGCUGUGUCCACUUCCGGAUGUGACAAGACUAGUGUUGGUAGUGGAUGUAAUGCCCGAAGCUGCAAUGGGGGAGGUGCAGGAGGAUCAGGAACUGGGAGUGACUGGUGGUGGCGUCAGGACAAUGGUGGUGGUGGUAGUGGCGGCGGCGGCAGUGGCGGCGUUAAGGACUAUGUGAUGGAAUGGAUUAGAUCGGAGAUCAAGAAGGAGCGACCGAAGAAUGACUGGAUUGCAGGGCCAUCUGCAGUAACCCCUGUUGCUCCAACAGAGAGGAAGAAGCCAAAGAGGAGGGCACGGGAGUGGUGGCGCGAGGAGUAUGCAGAGGAGCUCACGAAGAAGCAAAAACGAAGGGCACUUGCCAAGUCAAAAAGUGAUGCUGGUGCGAUGUCUGGUUUGCAAUGGUGGGAGAGGGAUUGUGAUUUUGAGGAGAAGGGCCAUUCAAGGUGGACGAUGAUGAAAAGCUGGAGCCGGAGGAGCAGCAAUGGCAAUGGCAAUAGCAAUUCCAGCAUCAGUUGGUGGGUGGACGGUGUGAGAAGGAGCAGCAGGGAUUGGGCCAGCGGGGAAUUUGUGCCUAAGAGUGGUGGAGCAGUGAGCAGCACACCGAGCAUGCGUGGCACAGUCUGCUAUGUGGCUCCUGAGUAUGGUGGAGGAGGGCCUCUAUCAGAAAAAUGCGACAUUUACAGCUUUGGUGUGUUGUUGUUGGUCCUUAUAUCUGGACGACGCCCACUCCAAAUGACAACCUCACCAAUGUCAGAGUUUGAGAAAGCGAGCCUCAUUUCGUGGGCAAGGCAUCUUGCUCAAGUUGGCCGCUUGCUUGAUCUUGUAGACCCUGCACUGCAGGAUGUUGACCGAGACCAAGCGCUGCUAUGCAUUACUGUUGCACUCCUUUGCAUUCAGAGGUCACCAGCUCGCCGCCCAUCAAGUGCAGAGGUGCUUGAUAUGCUUGCUGGUGAGGGUGAGCCACCGCCUCUUCCGAUAGAGUUCUCACCAUCACCUCCUGGCGGAUUCCCCUUCAAGUCACGAAGGAAAGGCCGGUGAGUUUAGUUUGUUGGUUAGAUGAAAAGGCAGUGUUAGUAUUCUAUCCUUAUGUUUGUUUCUUCUUGUACUCAACUCCUAAUUUUAUCUGUUUAAUUUGUUGAUGUAUAAAGAUCUUGGUGGGACAAAAAAGUAUCCAAUUGGGUUCAGAUUUGACAAGAAUUGCUGUGCCCCAUUAAUCAAUUGGAUAAUCUUAGUUUGGUUA